UCCCCCUCCGUCUUCCCCACUCGCGCAACCCACACACAACCGCAGCGGCAAGCAACACGGGCCGUCCUCCCGCACGCACAGAGCCGACCCACCUCCCCCCCUUAUCGACGAGCCUCUCAAAAGCCAAGAUCUCCCAGCGCGCGGCGCCGUAAUGCUCGCCUGAUUGCGCUGGUCAUGGCGCCACCACAGGAGCGGGACUACAUCGGGCUGUCGCCGGCAGCGGCGGCGGCGGCCACGGAGCUGCGCCUGGGGCUCCCGGGGACGGAGGACGCUGCCGGGGACGGCGGUGGAGCGGCGUCGGAGGCGCCGCUGACACUGGAGCUCCUGUCCAAGGGCGGGGCGAAACGCGGGUUCGCGGGCGCGGUGGCGGAGGAGGAGGACGAGAAGAAGAAGGCGCAGCCGCCGGCCGCCAAGGCACAGGUGGUAGGAUGGCCACCAAUCCGCAGUUACAGGAAGAACACCAUGGCGACGAACUUAUCUGCUCCCAGAAGCAAAGACGAGGCCGAGGCGAAGCAGGCACCGGCACCAGGCUGCCUUUAUGUCAAGGUUAGCAUGGAUGGUGCUCCUUACCUCAGGAAGGUGGAUCUUAAGAUGUAUAAGAACUAUAAGGACCUCUCGCUGGAGCUGGAGAAAAAGUUCAGCGGCUUUACUGUUGGUCAUGGUGAAUCGACUGGAAAAUCGGGAAGAGAUGGAUUAUCUGAUUGCCGGCUGAUGGAUCUUAAAAGCGGCACUGAACUUGUGCUCACUUAUGAGGAUAAGGAUGGUGAUUGGAUGCUUGUUGGUGAUGUUCCAUGGCGAAUGUUCACAGACAGCUGUAGGAGGAUGAGGAUCAUGAAGGGGUCAGAUGCAGUGGGCCUCGCUCCGAGGGCCGCCGAGAAGAGCAAGAACCAGAAGUAGCAAGAACGAUGAACCCGAUCUGUUUCCUUUCCUGCGAUCGCAUCUUACAAGGGUGAUGGACUUUAUGUGUGAUGAGAAAGGGAUUUACUUAUAUAUAUAACCUACGUGUAUUCUCUUUGUUAUUUCCUUGUAUGUUCGUUCGGAACAAGCAUGUUAGAUUGUGUAAGCUGAUCUGUGUGUAUCUACUACUACUGCACUACUUUGAUUUGAUUCGCGUGUGUUGUAUGCGGUUUCCGUUGUAAAUUGGUGUGCUCUGUCUGUACCGCAAACUCUUUUCUUUCAUCUGUGUUUGGCGAGCCAUGAGAAGAACGUUGCUUUCA